GGCAACGCGAUGAAAAGAGGGGCAGCAGGGGACUAGUUAGAAGGGGAAAGAAUGAAUGACGCAUAAAGCGGCAGGAUAGGCACGAAAUCUAGCGUGGUCGAUCGUGCCGUUUCCGUUCAACGAUCGCUUUAGACCAGUUGCCGUACGAUAUAUACGACUGGCUAGAAAACUCGUUUACUCGCGUCGCGAAUCGUGGGUGUAAGGUGCGACUUACGGGUGUUUCGCGGUUCGCCGCAGAUCGAUAACGCGUCGACGGUAUCGAGAAAGCGCUUGUGUCGAUACAAGUCGGUAUCGGAGUGGCGAGAGGUUUGCCGAGCCGUUUCGCGUCAGUUGGCCAAAUCGUCGAGCGAAUCGCGCGUCGACGCGACGGAUUAUCCGUUUGGCACGCGUUCUCGAGACUCGUCGAUGUUUGAUCCUCGACGAAGGGAAGGGACGUCGAUGAAAACGCGAACAGGAGCGUGAAACGCUGUUCGAGUCGGAGUGGCGGGAAAAACGAGGUCAGCCGUGGUCGGUAUCGCGUGGCGUCGGUGACUGGAGGAAACGACUCGUCGGGAAGGAAAGUUGUUAAGGUAGAUGCGACAAAGCGUAGACGCGCUUGCGCUCGCCGAUACGGGGACGACCACGCGCUGCGACGAUAGACCAGCAACGGAAAGGGAGAGACACACGCGAUGCAGUGAAGCUUUCGGAGACGACGCGACAUGGGCUAAAGGAACAGGUCUGCGAUUAAUAAAUCGAAAGACGCAACGAUCGAAUCGACGCGGCGCUCUAUAAGAUCGUGAUAGUUAUAGUUGAUCGCAAACAACGAUCACGGGGCGGUGGUCCAUAUGCGGUCACGUUGUACAGAGUGAAGCCUAGUCGACCGCGUGCGGUUCCCGGACGAAAACAAGGGUCCGACGACGUGGUUCGAUCUGUUUUUCGUCUGUGCCAACUAACGGGUGGUUUCUAAACGCGAACAACAGUAAAUUCGUUGAAACGUUCGUCAUGAAACGGCCGGUUGUCAUGUCUCGUCGACGGAUCAAUGAAGAGUCGUGAAAACCGUGAAAAAUCAGCUCGCUACCGCGUAAUCCGAUUCCCUGGUUUCGUUUACUUUUAAUUCUUUUGGGUCACGGACACCGUCGAUGGUUGAACAAAAAAGGAAUACGAGGGGACGAUACAAACAAACUUCUGUUUCUUUUUACUGUCGAACGAGUCUCGGUGUAUUGUGACGCUCAAAUUGACGAAUUAACAGGUCACGCGAGUCCUAGAAUCAAAGUCCAGAGAGAGAAUCUCCAAAAGGAAAGUUUGAUCGGUGUAAAUAACGAGCAAGGUUCGCGCGGUUGCUAAGAUCCACUGAUACGAUUGAUCCACGAUCGAGCAAGACGCGUUCUGAGACGUACGCGUACGAUGGCAAUGAAAGCCGAUGCCACGAAUAGGAGAUGACGCGAUACGCGAAUCGCGGGAGAUGACGCGUUCGAUGACGAAACAUCGGUAAGGGAAUAGUCGACCAUUGAACGCACGGCCCACGCGUUUCAGUGUUUAGAAGCGCGCGAAAAAAAAACAGCCGAUAAAUUUCGACGUCUUAUCUCGUGUUAGACGUUCACUUGGCCUCGUAAAUACUCGCGAAAUUGCGUACACGUAAGCGACGUAUCGGUAACUGUGUAAUGGGUGAAUCGAGUUUGUAAAUACGAGGUGGAACGAAAUUUCGUACACGAAAAACAGCUAUUCUGGUCCAUGCGCGUUCAUUGACCGAUCGAUUAUUCUUGUUUCAGCUUCGAGACGCGGCAAUGAAAUCGAACGUGUCCGUGGCUUGGCAAAGUGGAAACGAUCACGAUUGCGGUCACGAUCACGAUCACGAUCGCGUUGCUAGCAACGGUACCGUACGCAACGAGCUCGUCGGCUCGUCGAAAUCGAAUUUAAACGAGACUCGGAUUUGGACUCGGAGCUACGGUGAAACUGAUCGAUCGGAAGUAUAACGAAGAGAAUCGUCGAACCUCGAGAGUUUCGAUCACUGACCGCGAGCCACCAAUCUCUCUUUCUCGAUUUUGAGUACGAAAGAAACACGAACGAGUUACCGAAAGAUGCUCGGGUAGAGAAUCUACGAGAGGGUAUUAGGAGCAAAGCCGGUAAAAGACGAUCGGUUACGAGACGAGGAAAGUAAGACUGGCGAGGGAGGAUCGCGAGACGAACGCGAGGCAGAAUCGAGACGAAGCAGUGCCGUAGUCCUGGGGGCCCAGGGUAUACGUAUGAUCUAUUAAUAACUCGCAACGCGGUAGUAGUGGGGCGCUGUUCGCUAGCGGGUGAAAAUAGAAAAGAAUGUUUUUGGAAUCCAAUUGGACUUGGUUGGCCGAACGAUGGGGCAAUAUGGCCGACUUGGCCGAGCGGGUGGACGAUCUGAUAUGCAGUUUCGACUCGGCUGGUGACACGACCAUGGAUACGUUAUCGAUGCUAAUAUUCGGUUGGAUGUUGUUCGGGUUGGUGGUACUGUGCGUCGGCAAAUACGUCUACAAUCGUUUCGUACUAAACGAGCUUCCUUCGGGGACGAUAGUUACCGCCAAGGACGGCCAUAUCAUUCACGGUGAUAGCGUCGGUGUCGGUGGUGGUGUUGCUAGUGGUGGUGGUAGCGGCGGUGGUGGAGGAGGUGGUGGUGUUGGUGGCGGUGUCAAAUCGGCUCCCCUCGGCAAACAAAAAAUUCUUUCUUCGGCAUCGGGUUCUUCGGUGUCCGGGACAGGUGGUAGCGGUACUGGCGCCACUGUUUCCGGAUCGCACGGUGUCAUCAAUCACCCGACUGGUAGCGGUACCGCUGCGUCCGCUCCUUCCGGCUCUUACGUACCGCCGACUCCUCCAGUACGCAAACGUUUAACGGCCAGGAAGACUUCCGGUGCUUUGAUCAGCCCCGCGAGAAGUUCCAAAAGUUUGCAUUUGCCGACCGCCACGGGCGCUGACCCCGACGCUGUUCGUUGGGUAAACGAAGUCAUCGUUUGGCUCUACUCGGACCCGGCGAUUCUCGACGAGUUACUCGCGGUUUGGGUCGGCUCUCUCAACGACUUUACCGCCAACUCCGUCGACGAGCAUGGAGUCGGAGUCGAGUUCGUCCGCGUUCUUCCGGAAACCUACCCACCGAAUCUCUCCAACAUUUUCUGCGAAUGCGAUUCUAAGGACGACGUGACGAUCACGUGCGAUUGCGAGGCUACUCCAGCGUUGCAAUUGAAAGCGUUUCGCCGGAAGGCCGAUAAACUAGAAGUUAGCCACUACCGUGUAAACGUGAAUCGCUUUCGCGCACGAUUAAACGUCAUUUGCAUCACCGAGAAGCUCCUGCUCGACUUAAAAUGCGACGGCUGGCCGGAGGUGAAAGUAUCGCUGGCUCAAGUGGGGACGAUAAAGAAAGAUUUGGACGAGAGCCAAUUGCAGGAAGUUGUAACGGAAAUCGUGAUAGGGGCAUUAAGGGGGACCAAUGUUCAUCUGAAUUUAUUCCAAUAUCCGAGCUGUCCACGGUUAUGGAGGGAACCACCGCAAACGCAGCCCAGCUUCUCGAUGCCUAUGCACUACGACAGCAUGAACACGUCGACCGGUUCGCUUCAGCAGCUUCGGCAGCGGGUGCAAAAUCAAAAUCAAAUGGCAGCACAACAUCAAUACGUAACCGGCGACAGACGGUUACUCGUCAAAGUGGUCAGAGCUGCGGAUCUUGGUGGCGAACAAGGUUCCACGGAACCGUAUUGCGUCGUCGAGUUGGAUGAACCACCUCAAAAAAAUCAGACAUCUGUCAAGAAAGAUACCAAAAAUCCAUUGUGGGACGAAGCGUUCUUAUUUGAUGUCAAUCGCAACACGUCCGAAGUUUUAUUGGAAGUUUACGAUCGGGCGAAUAAAUCUCAACGAUUCUUAGGCCUAGGGAUAGUCGGUAUUGACGAGCUCCUCGCGAAUCCUAGUCAGAGGCAGAUAAUACCGCUUCAAAAUCGACCCUACGAAGAAGAAGACAUUACUGGCACCUUAACCGUCGAGUUUCUAUUCAUCGAGGGUGCAGAGGUGCCUCAAAUUGGGAACAAACCUUACAAGGUGAAGGAGACGAUAAAGCCGGUGUCGCCGACUCCUCGUACCUAUACUCCGACAAAUCUCAUCAGCGACAAUAGUCUUAAUUACAACAAUGGUAACAGCACACUUAUCUUGUACGACUCUACCGUUCAAUUCGAAGGGGACUACCUGACGAACGGGAAUGUGGUUGACUCUCCGUACAGAACUGGCCAGUCUAAUGGAAACAAGGGGACUCUGAUCGUGCACAGCCAGCAAAGGCAACCGGAACGGCAGGUGGUUAAGGUGGCCCUGACGGAAAGCGGUAACUGGCAAGAAAUAUCACCGGAGCACGGACCAAAAGAUACUAGCGCAACGUCGGGACCAGAGAGUACACCAAACUCUUCCAAUUCCGAAGAGAGGGGAAGAACACGAAGGAAACGACGAGAUUUCUUCGGUACGAUAAAGAAACGACUGAGUCGAUCGAAGACGAGAAGCAGAUCAGUUGGUCCGGAAGGAGAUGCGAACCACGAAGACGCGCACUCGAGAUCUAUAUCCGCGGACAGAGCUCGCGAUCCCGGUUCUGCUCGUUUAUCGAUACCAGGAAGAGAAGAGCAUUCGAGGCGGUCGAGCUUGAGCGAGGCGUCCGGCAUAAGCGGAGCAUCGACCAGAACUUACGUUAACGAGGCUUCCACCUUAGUUCUCGAGACCCUAGAGAACGGUAUCAAAAAACAUUACUUAGUACCGUUGUCGCUCGCACAGAAGAGUAAAUGGCGGAAGAAGGGCACGAAGCUUCACGUAUUCAACGAUCACACGUUCAUAGCGAAACACAUGGCUGGUGGGACGGUGUGCGAAGUAUGCAAACGAACGCUCGCGCGAAGGUUGGGCAAACAAGGCUACGAGUGUAGAGACUGUCAGAUGAAGUGUCACAAACACUGUCACGUUAAGGUGGACAGCAUGUGUCCCACGUCUACCAUUCAGAGCAUCGAAUUGACAUAUAUAAAGGCACCACGGCUCGAGCAAAAAUCUACCAGUCGUCUCUGUUGACCGAGUCUGGGAUCACCCGCCCAAGGGAAUCAUUUUUCAUUUUAAAGGUUCAAAUUGCUUCAUACGAUCGCGUGGCAAAUCACGAAAUAUCUACGAUUCGAGCACGAAGCGUUUCCGAACGCUGUAUAGCACUUUUUUAUUAUAUGCUACGCUUUUCAACCGAUGCAAACGAACACGAACGAGAAUACAAACGAGAAUGCGAAACGAACGAAACGAAACGAAGGAAACGGAAGAGAAUCUUUAUCGAGUACUCCAUAUUCUAAUUAACAUUUCGAAUGUUCGUAAAAUUUUUUACUCUCUAAAAUACGUAGCUGGUAUACUAUUUAACUUUUCCGUUUGUUCGUUCUCCUCGUUCAUUCUGUUAACAGACGAAACUCCGUACAAAACGCGAAGUCCAAGAAAAUUUACCAAGGGAGAAAUACGCGACGCGUGAUUUCGACGAAUCGAAUAAAUACGAUAGUGCCUCUAGAUGCGGAAGAUCUUUGAAACGUUUUCGGAAAUAGUACUUUUGACAAUACUUUCGAUUGCUAUGCGAUUUAAUUCGAUCGACCGAAAUCGAACGCUUGAACGCGCACACUCGUGCCUAUGUAUCGCGCAUACGGAAAGUAUCGUUAAUCUUCGAAUGUUACGCAUUAUAAUUAUACCGAUGACAAUGAUUAUCACUAUUACUACUACUAUUAUUAUAAUUAUUACUAUUAUCAUCAUUAUUGUUGUAAUUAUUUAAAGAACGACGUAACUGUAAACGGUACGGGCACCGAGAAGAAAGGGCGAACAAGGGGAAGAAACUAUUGUAACGAUAACGAUGAUGAUAAUAAUACCGUGUUACGUUGAGAAAAAUAAUAUGGUUACAUUAUGAUUCUA